AUGAAGUGGACUACCAUUGCAACCGCUCUCGCUGCCGUGCCUUUGGCAUCGGCUGCCAGCUACUCGAAGGAGCAGUACCGCUCUGGUGAAGUCAUGGAGAAGAUGAUGAUGGCCAAGGAGGGUGCUUGGGCUAAGCAGCGCGCUGCUGGUGCUUACGACCAGAAGAAGUGGAAGAACUUCCAUAAGAAGCGUGCCAACAAGAACAAGAUUGAGUGCAAAAACGGUCGCGUUGAGGCCGUCAAGGGCGACGCCGAUCAGACAUACAAGUGCAAGAACAUCACGCACGAGGAACUUGGCAACCCGCCUCCUGUUUCUGAGGGUUCUGGCUCGUGGGGAUGGACACACAAGGGCCGCGAGUUUAUUGCCAUUGGUCAGACCAACGGCACUGCAUUUGCGGAGGUCACCAAGCAGGGCCAGCUUGAGUACCUUGGUCGUCUGCCCGCUCAGGCGUCGCCAGUCAUUUGGCACGAGAUGAAGAGCCUUGGCGAUUACCUCUUUGUCGGUUCCGAGGGUGCAGGCCACGGAGUACAGAUCUUCGAUUUCAAGAAGCUCCUCAAGCUCGACCCCAAGAAGCCUAAGACCUUCAACACAGCGACCGACCUCACUGCUUGGUUCAACGACCUCACUGAGGGUGCUGGUGUUGUCGGCCGCUCCCACAACGUCGUCACCAACGAGGAGAAGGGUUACGCCGUGGCUGUUGGCUCCGGUGGACGUGUAGGCCGUAACGACACUUGUGCUGGCGGUCUCAUCUUCAUCAACGUUGAUGAUAUCACCAAGCCCUACAAAGAGGGCUGCGCCCCCCAGGACGGCUAUGUCCACGAUGCUCAGUGCAUCGUUUACCGUGGACCCCACAAGAAGUACUACGGCCGUGACAUCUGCUACGGCUACAACGAGGACACUUUGACCAUCUACGAUGUCACCAACAAGAAGGGCUUUAACGCCUCGACCAUCAUCUCGCGCACACCAUACAAGGGCGCUUCUUACACGCACCAGGGCUGGGUCCUCGACCCCUACUGGCAGACCCACCUCGUUAUGGAUGACGAGCUGGAUGAGGGCGAGAUCGACGGCGGUAUCGACACCGAUCCUGAGUCCGUCGCUAAGGAUGGCUACCCCGCGACCUACAUCUGGGACAUCACUAACCUCGAGGCCCCCAAGAACUCCGGCUACUACAAGUCCACCACCCGUGCCGUCGACCACAACCAGUUCGUGCAUGACGGUCUCGCCUACCAGUCCAACUACCAGGCCGGCCUUCGCAUUCUCGACGUCAGCUCUAUUCCCCGGUUUAGCGAUGGCUCGAAGGUCACCGAGGUGGCGUAUUUCGAUGUCUUCCCCGGUGACGAUGCGGUUCCCGGCGGUGGUCAGGCGAUCUGGGAUGCUGGCACAUGGUCUCACUACACUUUCCCCAGCGGGUACACGGUCAUCAACACCAUUGACCGUGGUGCGUUUGUUGUCAAGCCCACGUUUGGUCGUGGCAAGGGCAAGUACUUCGGCCAGUACUAG